UUCAGAGAAGAGCGCCAUUGCCGGGGCACUUAACACCUAGCCGGGACUUCCGGCGUCCUAGCCGUGGCAGCUGUUUUGGCCUGUCGGGUCCAUCCAGCUGUGCUGGGUCUGGAUGAGUUCGAGAGGAGUGGUUGUGCCCAUUGCACACAGGCGGAGCUGAGGCUCGGCGACGCCGUCGGUCGCGACCCGGGACAGGACAAGGACAGAAACCCCGCCGAUCCCGCCUCCCCGCCCGCCCACAGAGUCAUGGCGGCGGCCGCUCUGAGGGCACCUGCUCAGAGCAGUGUGACCUUUGAAGAUGUGGCUGUAAACUUUUCCCUGGAGGAAUGGAAUCUUCUGAAUGAGGCUCAGAGAUACCUGUACCGUGACGUGAUGCUGGAGACCUUGACACUUAUAUCCUCCCUGGGAGUCAGCGCAGAGUACUUCUGUGCCCAGAUGUGUGGACACUUUUCCUCACACACCAAGUAUUUUCUACGGUGGACAUCACAUCUCAUAGGCUUCAAUUCCUCGUUGGUCUUCCUUCAUUCAUCAGAUUACCACAAGUGGCCCCUGAACAGGGACAUGAGAUACAGGGACCUGAAUGAAGAAGGUCUGCUGGAGCAGAGGUUGUGGAACUGAUUAGACAGAUGAGGAACCCCGAUCUGCCGGCAGUGAAUAUAAGACCCCCUCCCCAGACCCAGUUCCUAGAAGCGCGGACCCGAGAGCUUUCCUGGGACAAGGGCUCGGCUCUCCCACAGCCCAAGGCCCUUCUUCUACCGGCGCAACAGGUACCUGGAAGGAAACCUGCGCAGCACAGGCCGAGAAUCACGGUAAGAAAAGAGGGCCCUACAGAAUAAAGAGAGGCUGUGGUAGAGGACAGACAGAAAUCCUGCCCUGCCAGGCAGGUGGGGGACCAGUCACCGCUCAAAGGUUGUCUAUUAGCCUGACCCAAAAGGUGGCUGGGGGCAGUGAGGAAAGGACUUCACCAAUUCAGGCUGAGAUUCAACCCUGAUGCUGGCAUAAAGCAGCAGCCACCUGUGUGAGUGAGUCUGAGCCAAUAGAGCGCUGAGUGCAGCGGGGCUGAACUUGCUGCUAGGGCGGCAAGAGCAGCUUGCCACCCCAACUGGGAGUGUGUCAGUGGAUGUGAACACACCUGGGACCGCCAGACAGGCUCAGUUUUGUCCAAUGAGGAGUCCUGGGGAGGCAGAGGUGUGCGGGUGCCGGACGUCCGUUAAGAGUGGACUGUACAUUACCAGUGAAGUGUGGGUCUAACUGGGACUAGGGGUGAACAUCCUUAGGGGCUACUGCAUAUGGCUGAAGGAGGUACCCCUACAGUCUAGGUAUUGUGGGGGAAGUAAUGAACUCUCCAAUGUCAUGUGGUGUCUGAAACACUCCCACAAGGGAGACAGUCUAAUUGGCCCAAAGUGAAAGUGAUUGUGCGCCAUGAGGAAGGAAAUGGGAGGAAAAGAAUCCAAGGAAUUAAAGCCCACUCCCUUAAGAGUGCAUGCUAAAGAAUUUCUAGAAAGCUUACAGUAAAGCUGACCCCCUCAAAGGCGAACUCUGAAAUAGAAUGGCCUUGUUUUGGCAUAGGUUGGCCGCCAGAGGGCGCCCUUGAUUGGCGAAUCACCAGCUGGGUUUUUGAAAUAAUAACGGGCAACAGAUGAACCUGGACAUCCGUUUUGUUUCCCAGUCUGCUCCAGACAUCCGGCACAAACUUAAAAAAGCUGAAGAUGGCCCUCAAACCCCACAAGACCUCCUUAACCUGGUCUUCAAUAAAUAGACAAAGCUAAACCUAAACAGCCUGGCUGUGGCACCCAGGGGCACAAAAGAUCCAAUAGCAAUGCACCUCCAAGGGGAUGUUUCAAGUGCAGCAAGGAAGGACAUUAGGCACAGGCAUAUCCCAAUCCGUGGGUGCCAAAAAGCCCUUGCUCCAUCUGCUAGCACACAGGCCACUGAAAGCUGACUGUCCUCUCAACAGGCAGACAGAAAAGCCUUAACCUCCAACCUGCAACCCCUUCACCAAGACAAAAGGUGAGGAAUCCCUCGCACACCGCAGUUCCUUGACCUAGCUGCUGAAGACUGCCGGGCCUGGGACCUCUGGCCCCAUCUACCAUCACUGUAUCGGAGCCCAGGUUAACUCUGUCAGUAGCAGGCAGGAACCCCCAUCACUAAUUAUUACCAACUCCUCCAAGCUGCACAUCUCCCAGCUAAGGCAAGAGGACACCAAACAGUAUCAGAUGAUGUCUCAAGAGGGACCAGAAAGGCCGACAAGGCAGGAAAAGAGGUCUGUUUCCUCUGCCCCUGUCCCUCUCCCCCUCACCAGCCCCGCAAUUCAAACCCAGUAUUCUGCCACCAAAAACCUUCACUGUUCAGGAGCCUCCUUCCAAGGGAACUGGAUAGCCAAACAAAUUGAGGAAAUUCUAACAUCUCUUAUCAAUGCACACCCCCUGUACCUUCUCCUUUACCCUUCUAUCCCACCUCCACACCUGUUUACACA